CCGGAAAUGAGUUCCUGCAGCUUCCUGUUUGUUAAUCCACUUGUUGAUGAGCUGAGCAGCAGCAGGAGGCGAAUUUAAAACUUUACAGACAGCGAUGUCCGUCUGACCCUGAGCAGCGAAGCCGGGAGCCGAGCACCAUGGUCGGGUGGAAAGAAGCCGGAGUCCUCGGUGCCUCCGCGGCUGUGGCGGGGGGCGUCGCGUAUCUUAUCUGGAACUACGCGUCCUUCUCCGGGCAGAAGACGCCCGAAGCCCGGGCCGGAGGAGGAGGAGGAGGAGGAGGACAGGAGGGAGAAGAAAGGAAGGAGGAGGAUGGAGAGAGACGGAGGAGAAAGGAGGAAGAGGAGAAGAUAACAGAACAAACAGCUGUGGUCUCUGCUGCUGCUCCGCCUGUUGCUGCGGCCAAACCUCCAGACUCACCCGAGUGCAGACCCGUGCAGCCCAGAGGGACCCAGGUUCUGGUUCUGGGUCUGGAUGGAGCCGGUAAAACCAGUCUGCUGCACUGUUUGGCCACGGGCAACCUGGAGCACGACAUGCAGCCGACUCAGGGCUUCAACGCCGUGUCCAUCAGCAGAGAGGACCUGCACAUCGAGUUCUUGGAGAUCGGAGGUAAAGAGGAGCUGCGGCCGUACUGGAAGAAAUACAUGUCCAAGGCUCUUCUGCUGGUGUUCGUGGUCGACUCCUCCCACCCACAGCUCUUCCCAGUUGCUAGGAAACAUUUACACGCGCUGCUGACCUCUGACCCCCGCCUGCCGUUAAUGGUGCUGGCCAACAAACAGGAUCUCCCGGGCGCCUGCAGCAUCACUGACCUCCAUGACGCUCUGACGCUGUCUGAGAUCGGAGACCGCAGGUUGUUCCUCAUCGGCACCCACGUGAAGAGGGGCGAGGCGGAGCUGAGCUCAGGCGUUCAGGACGCCCGGGACCUGAUCAUCCAGAUGGUUUGCGAGGGCAGAUAAGACACUCCGGCUACAGUUCGUCUGUGGUCUUCACUAAAUCUUGUGUUUUCUUUGCACUUUAUUGUUUUCAUGACACCAGGUUGGCUGAAAGUCUUUUUAUUUAUUUGUGAGAAAAUUAAAACAUCUCGUUUUGGUACGUUAGAAUUUUUUAUUUCACAGUCACCAAAUGACCAGAUCUGAUUGACACAAUUAUUAUUUUGUUAUUUUUCUCCCAGCAGGUGAAGAGUAGAUAAAACAUUUUCACUCUACAGGACUAUUAUCGUUUGGUCUUAAUUCAUCUCUUAAAUUAAAUCUGUUCACGAUGAAACACGAGCAACGUGUGCUGCCUUCAGUGAUUUUACUCCCGGCUGCAGAUUGACUCUAAAGUUUGCAGCUCUAUCACCAGCGGUUAGUUCGUGUCACGGUUUUUAUUUCUUUUGAGUGAAUGAAAACAAAAACAGAAAAGCACAGCUUUAACAAAUGGUUAUUUUUUUCUAAUCUCAUAAUGUACAGAAUAUUGAAUACCUCAUCAAAGACCCCUCCAGACCUGAAGUUAACAUCUGUCCUGAUUGGACCGAUCACAAGUCUGAUGUGUCGUCCUGAGAUCCGAUCACUCGUGGUCACAGGAGACACAUUCAGGACCGGCUUUAACGGCAGGUAUGAACACAUACUUGAUGCAGUCCACUUGUGAUCGUGUCUCUCAGGACAGAUCUUAAUACCUGGUCUGAACGGGACCUAGAAGACAAAAAGCCGAACUGGGAAAAACAUAUCAGGCUCCGACACCUGCUGAUUAUUACAUGAAUCUAGUAUUUGGUCAAAAUCGAAUCUGUGCCGUCACCAAAAUUUCAAAGCACAAAACUGAAGCAAACUGCAGUGACAUGAAUUCUGGAUGUUCACAUUUAAUUUUUUCUAACUCCACUUCUCCACCGGAGCUGCAGACACAAUAAAUAUUCAUUUUUUAUAAUAUUAUGAAUAUUUAAAAGCAUAAUUCCAACAGGAAACCACAGAAGCAGGUAGGAUUGAAAACAGUUUAUUGAAGCAGCAUGAUAUCGCUGGAGCGUUAGUUUAGUUUUGGUUCACAGCUUUAAAAGAACCUUGACUUUUACAACGAAUUUUGUCUUAAUCUUAAAAAAGGGAGUUUACUGUUUUUGACAUGAGAAAAUAAACCACAGGUGUUUUGCUUCAUGUUUUGGGGGGGGGUGGGUUUUAUGUGUUGUUGCUGCUCAGAGAGAAGUUACCACUCAGCUUUGUGCUCGUUAUCUUCGUCUUGUUGCUCUUUUAUUUGGUGAAAUCUGACAGAGCCUUCAUGUGUACCACUGUCUGAGGAAUGUAAAACGUUUUUAACAGCAUAUCCAAAGUUUUUCAAAAACCAAACCAUGUCCAGUUAACAGUUCAAAGUUCAUAGUAUUGUGUGUGAAACGAUUCCUCUCAGUUUGAUUUAGUUUUUACGAGGAGAAUUUGGAAAGUUACACAUUUUCUGAUCUGAAGGCUCCAAGAUUGUGUUCGUUCAGUUUGAAAUAAAAUAACAGACGCUACAUAAAAGUCUCAGCUUUAAUUUGACUUCAACUGUUUAACACUUCCUGCACAAUUCUGUUUAUAUAUAUAUAUAUAUAUAUAUAUAUAUAUAUAUACUCGACUCAAACAAAAUGAUCAUAUGUAAUAUCAUGACCUCAAGAUCAAAAAUUGUGUAACGGUCCAAACACGUUCCCGUGGUCUGGACUGUUUGUACUGUUUUUCACAUUUAAAUAAAA